AGCGUUGGGCUCAUAACCAUGGAUUCCUUGGAUUUUGCUGUUCGUCCCCCCACCGUGGGCCGAGCCAUUGGCCUUGCCGGAUGUGGAAACGCAUCCAGUCGGGUCUCCUUGGCCUCGGCCUCUCGGAGCGGCGGAAUAGCCGUAGCGGUGGCGACCCUGGCGCUGGCGCAUCACACCCGUCAGAGGCGAACGGAACGAAUGAAGCAGAUCCAGCUGAAGGCUGAGUUGAAGGCAGCUGCAAAGGUAGCUACCUCCAGAGAGACGCCUGCACCACACGAUUUGCUGCUGAGAGUAGCAAGCGGUGAGGUGGGGGACCAUACUCCAGUGUGGCUCAUGCGGCAAGCAGGCCGCUAUAUGAAAGCCUUCAGGGCGUACUCUGAAAGAUACCCUUUCAGGCAACGCUCCGAAACGCCGGCCAUGGCCACCGAGUUGUCCCUUCAGUGCUGGCGACAGAUGCUUGGGCUGUGAGUAUUUGUCUUUUCUGACAUCUUGACGCCCCUGCCAGCGAUGGGUAUCGAAUUUGAUGUGAUUCGAGGGCGUGGGCCCAUUGUUCUGGGCGACCUCGCAAGAACAUUGAAGGACCGGCUAGAAGACGGACCCAAUCAAAUUAGGGCUGUGGAGAGCAGCGAGGCCUUUCUAAAGAGCCAUGCGUUUGUGCAAGAGACCUUGCAGGUUUUGCGAUCCGAGACGGAGGGUAAGUGCAGCUUGCUGGGCUUUGUGGGCGCGCCAUGGACCCUCGCAGCCUAUGCCGUUGAGGCGGGGAGCACAAAGGAGGCGGCGCUCUUCAAAAAGUGGAUGUUCAGCAAGCCAGAGGUGGUGGACGAGUUCUUGCAUCGCAUGACUGUCACCAUCAGCAACUAUGCUAUUUAUCAGGUGGAGAGUGGGGCUCAGUGCAUCCAGAUCUUUGAGUCUUGGGCUCAUUGCCUGACUCCAGAGCUCUGGAAACGCUUUGCCGCGCCCUGUGCCGUAAAGGUGGCGCAAACCUUACGGAAGGCUUGUCCUGACGUCCCAAUCAUUUACUUUGCGAACGGUGGCUCUCCGUACUUCUCGGACCAGGUUAAGAUGCUCGCUGGACACAUAGAUGUCAUCGGCGUUGAUGCGCACAUGCGAAUGAAAGAUGCUGCAGAGGUCGUGGAGACGCACAAUCACGCAGGACCUGAACGCCGGCUGGUUGUCCAGGGCAAUGUGGACCCAUUCCUCCUGAGAUAUGGAGAGGAGGAUCACAUUCGCAAGGCCGUUCGAGCAGUCAUUGAUGAAGCUGGAGGUCCUGGAAGGCACAUUUUGAACCUUGGCCAUGGUGUGCUACAAGGAACGCCAGAGGAAAACGUUCUGUACUUUGUGGAUGAAGCCCAAAGCUAUGCUGGCUCCUCCAAGUGAAGCAGAAUACCUUCUCACCUGGCAGCUGGUUAACAUAUAUACAUC